AGGAGUGCUGUGUUGGGAACAAGAGUUGUACCUUGUGGGGAACGGUAUCAUCAGGUUUAAAUCUUUCAGAAAGCUAAGCAUCUACGUUCCUCUGUUUCUUUAGUAUUUUCUAAUAAUCAGAUGAAGCUUUUUUAUGUGUCGGAACUGGAAAAUGCAGCCUUGUUUUUGAUAAGAAACCAAAAUGGGCAUUUCCUCACAGGUUGUUUUUUCCUGGUGGGCUGGGGUUUCCUCCCUGUCUGGAACUUCAACAAAGAGGGGGUGGGCCUCUGUGCAAAGUUUUCAUUCCCACAGUUACCGACACACAGAGGGAGAUGGCCGCCUUCUCGCUGUGGCUUUGCAGCCUCUGGGCUUUGAUAUUUUCCUUAAAUGCGCAUCAAGCUUACGAGGAACUUGCUGACACUUACAGGAAGGGAGUGGAUCUGGCCCUGGAGAAGCUCAGCUCUCAUCCCACCAUCCAGCAUCAUUUUCACUUCUUCAAAAGUGUCACACAGUCAGACAUUGAGCCUGGUUUUGACGUGAGCUUCGUCUACCACAACUUCUACCUCAAAGCCACCAAGUGCCCGAAAGGAACGGUGGAUUCCUCCGGGUGCCAGUUCAGAAACGACCGGCCCCUCAUCGACUGCGCCGUCUGCUACAAAACCUUCAGGGGAAACAUCGAAGAGGCCCCCCUGCCCUACGUCCACUGCGUCCACAGACCGGCCCUGACCGAGGAGAUGAAGGCGGCCCGGGUGGAGCACUGCAACACUCUGGCAUACAGCAACGGAGCGCCCACUCUUCUGGCUGGGAGGGCACUGACCCCACGAGCCAAGCUCCUCUCCUACAGUCGGAGGAAGAUGGCUGCUGGGUUGCUGUUUCUGCUUUGUUCUGCGGCUUUGCUGUACUCCGCCGCGGCUCAGGAGCCCUAUAAUGAGCUGCCCGCCAUCCAGAAGAAGGGAGUGGAUCUGGCAUUAGAGCAGCUCACAUCCCACCCCGGUGUGCAGCACCAUUUUCGUUUCUGGAAAAGUCUGGACAAGUCCGAGAUCGAGGGGGGAUUUAAGGUGAAAUACCUCUACCACCACUUCUCACUGAAACCCACCAGGUGCGCCAAAGGAACAGCGGCGUCCAGCGGCCUGCGCUGUCAGCCCCGCAACGACAGGCCGCUGAUGGAUUGUGCCGUUUGCUACAAAACUCUCUCGGACGAGAUCGACCCCAGCACCAGCCCGUAUGUCCACUGCAUCCAGAGACCCAGGCUCACCCAGGAAAUGAGGACCACAAGGCUGGAGCACUGCAGAAAAAUGAGCUACAACAGUGGGGCUCCGACGCUUUUGGCCUCGUCCACUGGCUAAAAGCAGCUCUCCAACACGUCCCGCUUGACAACUGCACACGGCAACCGCUAUCAAAACUUAGUUAAGCUGCAUGAUUACUGAGUUUUAGUGGCUUCGUUUGUUCCUGUAAUCGCCAGUAGAACGCUGCCGUUUCCGCUUGAGCUCCUCUGCUGCGAUACGUUUGUUUCUCUUCUGGUCUAAAGGGUCACUGUAUCACAGACUGUAUAACAGUGUAAUAAAUGAGUGGAACAAUCAAACA